AGACAGGCACUGACUUGCAAGCAAAAAUAUUAUUCCAAGACCAAGUUUAAACUUUGUAAUCGGUUGAGCUUUUAACAAUUUAAAAUCUAUUAAAAUAAGACGUUCAGCCCUUUUUAUUUCGUUUGAAUUUCAGUGAAAUCAAUAAGAAAAUGAAGUUUCUGUUGAAUUGGUAGGAUUUGAAGAUAGCGUUCUGUUUUAUAAUGUUAGUAGCGGUUUUCUGUUUUUAACCUGCAAAGAAUGCUUGUCGGCUUGUUCCAACGUGAAGGAUAUGUCUGGAGAACAGCAAUAUUUAAAAAUUGCUAUUACUGAUAAAGAGGUCCAAUAUAGGACGUCUAAUUAUUCAAAUAUCGAGGAUGUUCUUAAACAGAGUUUGAAAUGCACUGUUUGCUGUGAGGAUCUUUCUGGUCAAAUUUUAAGGAGAUACUCAUGCCUACGACAUAGUAUUCUACAAGUGCUAGUUUGCAAGAAAUGCAAAGAAUUUUACGAGAAUGGAUACUUUUCAAAUGAAGAGGAUGGUACUGCCAAGUACUGCCGCUGGUGCGGAGAUGGAGGACGUCUGCUUCUAUGUGAUAAGUGUGACAGCGGCUUCUGCAAGGCAUGCGUCAGAAGAAACUUCUCAAGAAGCUUUUACAAAAAAGUAGACGGCACUGAUAAAUGGGACUGUUUCAUCUGCGCCCCAGAAGCUCUCUACCCUUUGAGAGCCACAGCAUGGGCUGCCAGGCAGGUGUGCAAAAAAAGAAGAGAAGAGGAGAAGGAUAAGGAUAAAAAGAAAGGGAAGAAAACUCGCCGAAGAAGAGAGCUAUCAAGUUUGGAGUCAUCCUUCGCUUCCCCCGCACAAAGUUCAGCUCGACAACAGCAAACCACCAGUCGUGGAAAUUGCUCAAACGUUCGUGAAAACUCGGAAAACCGCGGCGACCCGGUUUUCCCUACGAAACUUUCAAAAGUGAACACUGAGUGCCGGAGAUCCACUUACAAAAACCCUGUUCUACUCCAAGCGAAAACCGAAAUGAAAAACUUUUUCUCUUCGUUGGCCGGUAUACAAAACAGUGCAAAUUUUAAAGCUAUCGAGAGUGAGUUUAUGAAAGAUAAAGAAUGUGAUAGCUUUCCGGAGAUUGAACAGUUGGAACUUCUGAUGCAACAGCACGUUAUUGGGUUGAUUGAAAAUUUGAAUAGGUUUUCAAUGGAUCUGUCGAGUCGUUUAACUCAGCUGCAGAGACUGUACUUGUUUGAAGAGAACCAGGCGCGGGAAUAUGCGAGUUUUGAACAAGACUGUACCGUACGGGAAAAUGAAGAGGUAAAACAGGAAGAUGCGGCCGGAAAAUCGGAAACAUCCUCCGAUGAAGACGAAAUCAUCUCAGUGUCGUCUUCGCAUUUCAGUGUAGACAGUGUGUUUUCCUCGGUGUCCACUAGUAGAAAUCAACUUGAAAAUGGUGGAAAACCUGGUGAAAAACCUAGUGACAGUGAUAGUGAUGCUGCAAAUACAGGGUUUUCCAUGGUAAACUUGGGUGCUUCGUCCACGCCAAACAAACUCGAACUUAUCGGUUCGUUGAAAAUGGAGGUAGUUAGUGACGACGAAGUAGUAGAAGAGGGGGUCGGAAGUGUGAAGAGGAAAGAAGAGGGUGAGGAGGAGGGGGAGAAGAGUAAAAACGACGGAAAAACGUUCACUCAAGAUGAUAUUGCUCUAAGAAUGAUGAAGCUACUUGAUGAUGAUGAUGACGAUGAUAGUAAUGAUAGUCUAGGAGAAGAAGAAGGACUCGAAGGAGGAUUGGGGAGAGAAAGUUUGGAAUCUGAGGAUGAGGAGGAAGAAGAAGGGAGUGAAGAUGGAGUCGAGGAAGAAGGAGAAAACAAUACUGUGGUGGAAAGGAAAAGUGUGGAGGUUCCAGUAAAGGAAGUGGUGGGAGGAUCAGACGAUAACAAAGAUGUAGAAGAAGAAGUGAAAGAAGAAAGACAAGGCGAUGAGGAGGAGGAAGAGGAGAAGAAAAAUGGAAUGAAGGAAAUAGAUGAUCAGAAUGAUCAUACUUACACUCAGAAGAAUAAGAAUAAUGGAAUGAAGGAAAUAGAUGAUCAGGAAGAGGUAGAUGAGAGGGAGAAAGUAGAUAAAAAUGAAAAAGGAAGUGAAAAAUCAAUGGAAAAUGAUUCACAUAGUGAAACUGUGGUGGAAGGUGCAAGUGUGAAAGACAGCCAAGAACCUACUGAUGAGAAAAAGACUCAAUCCAGUGGUACUGAAACUGAUUUCUCGCAAAAAGAUGCCGAUAAAACGACGGUGGAAGUUGAAAAACUGAAAUCGGUCGCUGGUUCGUGUGACUCAGAUUCCAGCACUUUUUUUGUGGAUGAUGAAGAGAAGACUGUUGUUGAAGAUAAGGAAAAACCGGAAAAGGAUGAUAAAAUUGAAAAGAGCGAUAGUGAAACCGAUUCCAAAAAAGAUGAAAAAGAAUCAAAAUCGAAAAAAGAUGAGAAAGAUGACGAUGAUGAUUGGGAUGAUAUCAGAAGGCUAUCCAAUUUGAAUUCGGUUGAUCGGAAUAAAAGAAAAGCGAAAUGGAGAAUGUUGAGUGAGGAGGGCAGCGAUAGUGGUAGUGAUGAUAAAUCCAAGAAAAGAUCCUCAAAGAAAAAGGCCAAGAAAAGCAAGGAAGAGUACAAUAUUCUCGACAAUCUAAACGAUUCUCAAGGAGAUAACGAAGACAACGCUGAUAGCGAUGAUGAGGCGUGUGUUAAUUUGGCAUCGGAGUUGGAUAAAAGUAGACACUCUCCAUCUAAAUCUAAAUCCAUGUUCUCUGACUUCUCUGACUCUGAAGCAGCCACAGAUAAGAACGGCACUGAAAGCGAGGAGCCUGCUAUGGAAAAGAAAGCCAAAAACAAAAGAGAAACCAAAGAAAAAUCAGAUAAAGAUGGAGAUUCAUCGGAUUCUUCAAUUUUCGAGCUGAGAAUUGUUAAACCUCAAAAGCGGCCAUCUUGGAGAAGGGAUAGCUUGUUGACGGGGAAACUCAGCUCUACGGAUGAAGAAGAGAAAGAUAAGAUAAAAGAUGAGAAAGAGGAGGAGGAGAAGAAAAAGAAGAAAAAAGAGAAGAAGAGAAAGAAGAGGGAGAAACCGAUGUUCAGAAAAAGUGUGAGCGAAAGCGGGGAGCAGACUGAAAGUGUGCACCUGACUGAAAGUGGAAUUUCGGAUAGAGAAAUUACUGAAACCGAUGAUAAUGUCGCGGAGAAAGCUGGAGACUCAUCGGAUUCGAGUGUUCAGUUUGUGUUGUCGACAAGUAAGCGAAGGCGAGAGGUGAGCUCAUCAGGAAGCAUUCAGAGCAUCAGCUCCAUGGAUGAGAGAGAUGACAGGACUCCGCUCAAGAAGAAAACACAGAAAACAUGGCCAAGAAAGAAGCGGAUCAAGAUCAACGUAGACGAUUCGUCGACGGAGAAUGGGUCGAGCUGCGAGGAAGUGGCGAACUUCCAGAACACGUCCAGUCAAAGCCCGGGCGGAGGAACUGGAGGAAGAAGGAACAUAAGAAAGGUGAUGAAAGACGAGGAUGUGACGGCGGCGACAAGGAAGGCGAUAAGAGAGGAAGAGGAGAGGAAGCAGAGAGUGCUCAAUCGUCAACAAAAGCUGAACGAUAGUUUUGGUAUAAGCGAUGGAUCGGCGCCGAUAGUGGACGAUCGACUUGUCCUCGAUUUUGACACCGAAUCGAAGAAAGAGUUGGUCUCUGUCGACAAGAAUCUCGUGGCACAGAUGAAACCGCAUCAGGUGGAAGGUGUGAAAUUCAUGUGGGAUGCUUGCUUUGAAUCGGUUGAAGCUAUCAAAGAUGGAGAAGGGGGAGGAUGUAUCCUUGCCCAUUGUAUGGGUUUGGGCAAAACAUUCCAGGUGGUAUCCCUGGUGCACACCCUGCUAAUGCAUCGGCAACUAACAAAGGUGCGCCGAGUUAUGAUCUGCUGUCCUCUUUCAACCGUUCUCAACUGGUAUUCCGAGUUUCAAAAGUGGCUCGCCAAAUUGCCCUUCAACAAGCGUAUCUCCUUGCAUCACCUUGCCAAUGACAAAACGUUGAGCAGGAGAGUGAGCCGCCUCAAUAGCUGGCACGAGGGUGGAGGGGUGAUGAUUAUUGGCUACGAAAUGUUCAGGAGUCUCACCAAUGAGGAUAAAAAGGUCAUCAAGAGUAAUUACAAGACGGUGUUGUUGAAAACUCUGCUCAAUCCUGGUGCGGAUCUGGUGAUAUGCGAUGAAGGACAUACGUUGAAGAAUCUGAAAACUGCUCUGUCGCAACAGAUGAAUAAAAUUCAGACAAAAAGAAGAAUUGUUCUAACAGGCACUCCAUUGCAGAACAAUCUCAUCGAAUAUCACUGCAUGAUGAACUUUGUGAAACCGAACUACCUGGGUACGAAAAAGGAGUUCAUAAACCGGUUCGUGAAUCCGAUCACUAACGGCCAGUUCGUCAACUCCACUGAGCACGAUUUCAAGGUCAUGAAGCGCAGAGCCCAUGUUCUGCACAAGAUGUUGGAUGGCAUCACUCAGCGUCGAGACUACAGAGAACUAAUGACCUACCUACCUCCGAAACAAGAGUACGUCAUUUCGAUAAGAUUGACCGAGCUGCAAACGAGGCUGAUGAAAACGUUUUUGGAACAGAUAGUAGAGAAACGACUGUUCAAGGACUUUCAGAGCCUCAAUCGACUCUGGUCGCAUCCGCUCACGCUUAAAUACAGCAUGGACCGGAAGUUGAAGAAGCCGGAUGGGAAAGUGGCCAACAUUGACAACGCAUUCAACGACCAUACGAGUGAUUCGGACGUGCAAAUCCUUCCAAACAAUGACGAAGACGCGGGCACCAGCAAAACGAAAGACGAUGAUGGAAAAUCGACAACAACGAAGGAGGGAGAAGGAGCGGUGAACAAAGAGUGGUGGGAGAAGUUGAUUACCGAGGAGCAGAUGAAUGACGUCACUGUCAGCUCCAAAUUUAUGCUUUUGUUCGCGUUUAUGAAGGAGUGCGAGAAGUUGGGUGAAAAAAUGUUGAUAUUCAGCCAAUCGCUGGCCUCGCUCGACGUGAUGGAGCACUUUAUGAGCAAACUGGACCAGCAGCAGUGCAACAAGGAGAAUGAACCUGGCGAUCAGACCAACAAGAGCAACAGAGACAGAGAGAGCAGAAUUGGCCAGUGGAAGAAGGGUGUCGACUACUUCCGUCUAGAUGGCAGCACCUUGACCGAUAACCGCGAAAAGUGGGUCACCGCUUUCAACAAACCUACUAGCAGAUCGCGUGUAUUCCUGAUCUCGACAAGAGCGGGUGGCCUGGGCAUCAAUUUGACAGCCGCCAAUCGCGUCGUUCUGUUCGACGCCUCUUGGAAUCCGUCCAACGACAUCCAAAGCAUAUUUCGUGUUUUCCGUUUCGGACAGGACAAGCCUUGCUACAUAUAUCGAUUCAUUGCUCAGGGUACGAUGGAGGAGAAGAUCUACGACCGACAAAUCUCGAAACUGUCGCUGUCGAUCAGGGUGGUCGACGAACAGCAGGUGAACCGGCACUACUCGGAGAGCGACCUUCAGGAGUUGUACAAGUUCACGCCAGCCGAUCCGGACGACAGGCCUAUCCCCAUCGUGCCAAAGGAUCGAUUGCUGUGUGACAUGCUCGAAGAACACAGUUCGCUGAUUUACAAAGUGUUCAUGCACGACUCGUUGCUCAGUCACGUAGAAGAGGAGGAGUUAGACGAAGAGGAACAGAAAGCUGCCUGGGAAGAUUACAAGAAUGAGAAGAAGAACGCCCAGAAUCUUGAUCGUAUCCAGUCUUCAUCAGUUCCGCCUGACGCCGUUGCAAUGUUGGUCGAUCAGGUAAUCCCAGAACAUGAUGUGCAAAUUAUGACAAAUAUUUUGAGAAAAAAGUUUAAGGACGCUCUUUCUCCUGAGCAACUUAACAGAGUGGUAUUGAAAUCUGUUGAAGAUUGGAGGCGUAGACAAAUUGAUCUCCUUACUGGCGUUACAUCUAAAGCCCUUCCAACAAAUCCCGCAUCUUCCAACAAUCAGGGGAACAAGCAUCAGAUACCAAACAGCAUGUAUCAAUCAGCAGGCAGAUUCGCUAAUAAUGCAGCUACUAAGCCUUACACUGCUGAUUCCACCAAGUGGCCUGUUGCUCUAAGUAACACGUAUGCAGGUGGCACAAUGCAAGCUAAUAGGAUGACUGCUAGAAGGCCAACAACUUCGACUAAUUUCCCUUCAACUAUUAGGAAUGCAAAUGCAAAUAAUGCAUACUUAACCAGUAACUCUGCAAUUCCAGCUAGUAGAACGAUGACUUCAAGUAGCACAUCUUCAAGUAAUGCGAUUCCAGCUAGUAGGACGAUGACAUCAAGUAGCACAUCUUCAAGUAAUGCGAUUCCAGCUAGUAGAAUGAUGCCUUCAAGUAGCACAUCUUCAAGUAAUGCAUUUCCAGCUAGUAGGACGAUGCCUUCAAGUAGCACAUCUUCAAUUAAUGCGAUUCCAGCUAGUAGGACGAUGCCUUCAAGUAGCACAUCUUCAAUUAAUGCGAUUCCAGCUAGUAGGACGAUGACUUCAAGUAGCACAUCCUCAAGUAAUGCAGUUCCAGCUAGUAGGACGAUGGUUUCAAGUAGUGCAAUUCAAACUACUAUGCCAAAAACUAUAACUUUUGAUCCUUCCACAUAUUCAAGUAAUGCUGUACCAACUACUAAGCAGACACCUGCUAGUAGGAUGACGACUUCUUCCAGUAAAUUUCCUUCCACUAGUAGAUCAACAUUUGCUACUGAUAACUCUUUAAAUACAAGUAAUGCAACUAGUAAAUCCACAACUGCUAGUAAUACUAGCAGUAUAGCUUCAACUAGUAGAGCUACAUCAGUAAUCAAUCCUCCUUCAACUGGUAGAACUACAAGUAGUAAUGCAACUUCAAACAACAUACCUUCAAAUAGUAACCAAGCUACUGCCAGUAAUUCAAUUUCAACUAGUAAUCUCACAUCUGCAAGUAAUACUAGUAGGGCAAGAAUCACAUCUGUGAUUCAAAAAGCAUCAACCAGUAACACUACCUCUGAAAGUAAGCCAAGUUCCAGCGAGAAUAAAUCAAAUAAUGAAGAUUGAAGACUGAAUAUUUUUCCGCAAGCUGCAAGAAUUUAUUUCUUUAUUUGAUAUUGAAUUUAACAGUUUUUAUUUCUUCAAAAUUAUAACUUUCCUCUGAAAAUAAACCAAGUUCCAGUGAGAGUAGAUCAUCAAAUAAUGAAGAUUGAAGACUUAAGAACUGUAAUUAAUUUUUCUACAAAAUGCAAGUUGCAAGUAUUUAUUUCUUUAUUUGAUAUUGACUUUUAAAGUACAGUAUUCGUUCCUUAUAAAUUAUAACAUCCAAUAGGCCUAAUGAUAUUACCAAUCAAACAAUCACAUCUAUACCUAAUACACGUACAAUUUAUGGGCUUUCUAUGAAAGCGUCCACAAGUUGUAAAGAUAGUUAAAAACUUGAUGUUAUUGAAUAAUUAGGUAUUUGGAUUUAAAUUUGCAUAUAUCAGCUAUAUUCAUCAAACAUUGAUGUUUAAUACAUGUGUAUUAUUACCUAUUAUUAUAAUUAAAAAAGCUGCCUAUCCGUUUGUAGAAAAAUUCAAUUUCAAUUUAACCAAUUCUAUUCCAAUUUAUAUUUUUUUAAUUAAAUUUGUCAGUCUAGAUUUGUAUAAAUAAUCAAUAUUGGAGGAGUUCGUGUUCAAAAUAAUGUUUAACAUUACCAUUAUUCUCGCUAAUAGUUCGGCAUUUGGGAUAAGCAUAAUUAAUUAUUGAUAAAAUUAGCAACUUAAUGGUUUGUUUGAUAUUGACCAAUUGUUUCGCCAGAACAUGGUGUCAAACUAUCAAUAUGAUAAACUGAAAAACUUUAAUAAAUAACAACCAAGCUCAUUUUCAUUAUGUUUUCAUCUUCACAAUCGUUGAGUUCUUUUUGGUUGCUCUCUCUAUUUAAUUGCUGGAAAAUGUUAUAUUUUAGAUGAAUACAUUUCGUAAAUAAUUAAUGGAUCAUCUUGAAAUAUCUACAGUUCAUCUUGAAUUUUUCUGAUUGAUUCAUUGAUUUUUUUGAGUUGCUAGUUGAGCUAGCCUAUAAAUUGAAUAUUU